AUGCUCGCAGCCUGGGCGCCCCUGCUCUUCUUAGCGAUGUGGGUGAGAAGUUCCACCAGUGGCCCGCUCUCAUUCAGAAUAGCCGCAAUUCUUGAUGAUCCAAUGGAGUGUAGUCGUGGGGAGCGAUUGGCCAUCACUCUGGCAAAAGACAACAUCAACCGUUCCAGUAACCGUUCCACGACUGGAAAACUUGAGGUGGACAUUUUUGAGCUGUUGAGAGACAGCGAGUACGAAACAGGAGAAACCAUGUGCCAAAUACUAUCCAAGGGAGUGGUGGCAGUCCUCGGUCCCUCUGCCAGCCCAGCUUCCAACUCCAUCAUCAGCAAUAUAUGUGGAGAGAAAGAGGUGCCGUAUGUGAAAGUAGCUCCUGAAGACAUUCUGAAGGUGCAGUUCCCACGCUUCACCACACUGGACCUGCGACCCACCAACACAGACAUUAGCCUGGCUGUUGCCGGCCUUCUCACCUUCUUCAACAGCACCACCGCCUGCCUCAUAUGUGCCCAGGCUGACUGCCUAUUAAACCUGGAGGUGUUGCUCAGACAGUUUCUCAUCUCCAAGGAGACGCUCUCUGUUCGCAUGCUGGAUGACAGCCAAGAUCCUACUCCUCUCCUCAAAGAGAUCCGUGAUGACAAGACUGCCACCAUCAUCGUAGACGCCAAUGCCACCAUGUCACAUAUUAUUUUAGAGAGGGCCUCUGAGCUGGGUAUGCUCUCCAUCUACUACACCUACAUCUUCACCUCUCUGGAGUUCUCUCUGCUGCGUCUGGACGACGUCGCCGACCAGAGGGUCAACAUCGUCGGGUUCUCGGUCUUCAACCGGACCCACCCCUUCUUCCAGGACUUCUUACUCAGUCUCAACCGCUCCUGGCAGGAGAACUGUGACCACGCUCCCUUCGCUGGGACCCCGCUCUCAUCAGCGUUGCUGUUUGAUGCGGUGCACACCGUAGUGGCAGCCGUGCAGGAGCUGAACCGCAGUCAGAAUGUGGGAGCCACCCAGCUCUCCUGCAAGUCCUCCAAGAUUUGGGAGCACGGUACCAGUCUAAUGAACUAUCUGAGGAUGGUAGAAUUGGAAGGUCUAACGGGCCACAUUGAGUUCAACAGCAAAGGCCAACGCUCCAAUUACGCUCUGCGGAUCAUGCAGAACAGCAGGGACGGCCUAAGGCAGAUUGGUCAGUGGCAUUCAGAACAGGGACUGUCCAUGGAGAAGAAGCUGCCAUCGCUCAACGUGACAGACACACUCUUCAACACCACCUUAACAGUCACUACCAUCUUGGAGAACCCGUACGUGAUGCUGAGGGCCAAUCAUCAGGAACUGGAGGGGAACGAUCGUUACGAGGGCUUUUGCGUGGACAUGCUAAAGGAGUUGGCCGACAUCCUCAAAUUCAAGUACCGCAUCCGUCUGGUGAGCGACGGCGUCUAUGGUGUCUCCGGGGCCAACGGCACCUGGACGGGAAUGGUUGGAGAGCUCAUCACCCGUAAAGCUGACUUGGCUGUGGCUGGACUGACCAUCACGGCUGAGAGGGAGAAAGUCAUCGAUUUCUCCAAACCUUUUAUGACUCUUGGGAUCAGCAUCAUGUACCGUGUGCACUUGGGACGAAGACCAGGGUAUUUUUCUUUCCUGGACCCUUUCUCUCCUGGGGUUUGGCUCUUCAUGUUGUUGGCAUACCUGGCAGUUAGCUGUGUGCUCUUCUUAGUAGCCAGGCUUACCCCAUAUGAGUGGUACAAUCCCCACCCUUGCCUGAAGGGGCGUUGUAGCGUCCUUAUCAAUCAGUACUCUCUGGGCAACAGUUUUUGGUUUCCUGUGGGGGGGUUCAUGCAGCAAGGUUCCACCAUCGCCCCCCGCGCCCUGUCUACACGCUGCGUCAGCGGUGUCUGGUGGGCUUUCACCCUCAUCAUCAUUUCUUCCUACACGGCCAACCUGGCAGCCUUCCUCACUGUGCAGAGGAUGGAAGUACCCAUAGAGUCGGUAGACGACUUGGCCGACCAGACGGCCAUUGAGUACGGUACCAUGCACGGGGGAUCCACCAUGACCUUCUUCCAGAACUCCCGCUAUCAGACAUACCAGCGUAUGUGGAACUUCAUGCACUCCAAGCAGCCUAGUGUGUUUGUUAAGAGCACUGAGGAGGGCAUUGCUCGAGUACUUAACUCCAACUACGCCUAUCUCCUGGAGAGCACCAUGAACGAGUAUUACCGACAGCGCAACUGUAACCUCACACAGAUAGGAGGCCUCCUGGACACCAAGGGCUAUGGCAUCGGCAUGCCUCUGGGGUCAGUGUACAGGGAUGAGUUUGACCUGGCCAUCCUCAAACUACAGGAGGAGAACCGCUUAGAGAUACUCAAGAGGAAAUGGUGGGAUGGUGGCAAGUGUCCAAAAGAGGAGGACCAUCGAGCCAAAGGUCUGGGCAUGGAAAACAUUGGGGGAAUCUUUGUGGUGCUGGUGUGUGGUCUCCUGGUGGCCAUCUUCAUGGCGGUGCUGGAGUUUGUAUGGAUGCUGCGGCAUACACCAGGAACAGAGCUUUCCGUGUGUGAGGAGAUGCUACGGGAGCUGCAGGGCAUUGUACUGUGUCGGGACAGCCUGCAGCUCCGUCGUCGCCGCGGGGCCAGCGCGCUGCGGCCGAGACCCCUUCCUCUGGAGGAACGGCAAGUGAGGACGGCCACGGCUGCCAGCCUCAGCAACGGCAAACUGUGCGCGGGCGUCGGCCUGUCCGAGCCCCUGUCCCACAGACUGGCGCAGGAAGCCGCCCUGGUGGCCAGGGGCUGCAGUCACAUCCGUAUCUGCCCCGAGUGCAGACGCUUCCAGGGGCUCCGCGUACGACCGGCAGGCCCCCCGGGAGCCUCACCCACCCGUAGCGAGGAGAGUAUAGAAUGGGAGAAGACUACCAACAGCAGCGAACCAGAAUAA